CUGUCUGUAACCUGGGUCAUGUGACCGUGACAUCACCAGAGGUCCUAGAACGCUGUGUGUUGUGGAAUCAGAAUGGCGGCCGAUGGAGACUUCUUACUGAGAUACCGAGCGGUGUCCAACAAGCUAAAGAAGAGAUUUCUCCGCAAGCCGAAUGUUGCUGAAGCCAGCGAGCAAUUUGGUCAGCUGGCAAAGGAGCUAAAACAGCAGGACUGUCUUCAGUAUGCUGGGUUCUGUAACUUGGCAAUGGCCCGGUGUGAACAAACGCUGUUUAAUGCAUCAGGAGAAGCCAUGGCUCUGACUGAAGCUGCCCGCCUAUUCCUGCAAGAGGAAAAAGAGACUCAGCGAUUACAAUGCCCUGGUUUCGAGGAGCAUUUGCAGGCAGCUAUCAACUGCUACAGCUUUGCCAUCAAGGUAUACAUUGAACUGAAUCAGCCGGUGAUGGCAGCCAGCUUAUGUUUAGAACUGGGAAAUGCAUUAAAGGACAUGAACAAGUUGGGAGAAGCUUUAGUUUAUUUCCAACGGGCAGCAGAGUUACAAACACAAGUUCCUAUCGAAUGCCUUCUCUCUCUGGGAUAUGUGGCAUCUUGUAAAAUAUUGACACGAGAUUAUGAUGGAGCUCUUGCAGUAUUCACAGAGAUGCAGUUGCUUGCUCAAGAAAAGGGUCUGCCUGCCCCAGGAAGCAAUCUACCAGUGGGAGCAUUUUUGGACAUUAUAGCAAAAUGUGAAGUAUCGCGUGUCCUUCUCCUCAUGCUGUUGCAGCCUCCUCCUCAAAAACUUCUACCAGAACAUGCACAGACUCUAGAGAAGUAUGACUGGGAAGCUUUUGACAGUCACAACCAUGUGAACUAUUUGACAGAAGAGGUGUUUCUGCUAUUACAAUCUGUUGUGAUGGCGUGCCAGGAAAAUGAUAUAGAGUCUCUUAAAGUACUUCAAGUUGAACUGUGGCCACUUUUAACAGCUGAACAGAACCACUUAUUACAUCUUGUUCUAAAGGAAAUGAUUUCUCCUUCAGGUCAAGGCAUUUGAACCAUUUAUAAUGGUGACUUUGUAAAUAAUUGUAGAUAUCAUUGACGUGGGUACUCUUUAGCUAUUGAUAUGCAUUGCCACUGUUCAAAACACAAUAUUUUAAUGACUGUUCUGUAUUGUUAGGUCGGUCUUGUACUAAAAUACUAAAGACAUGCCUUUAAUUUGUGCUGAUUACAUUCGCUCGCUAAGCCCGCAGAAUUCUUACUGUGAAUGCAGCUGCUCCUGGACACUGUAUCCUCUGCAGACUUUGGCGCUUUGCCCUAAAUCUUUCUGAAAAUGUGCCCUGUGGACUUUGAGUUAUGAUGGGGUUUGCAAAAGAAUCCUACAUUGUCUGAUGCUCAGUCCUGGCCCUGAGAAUCAUGGCUGAUCGUUUUCUUAGGUCUGACCAUUGCAAUCCUGACAGCAUGCUGAUAACAUGCUGUUUCCAAUC